UUCAUGUCGUGUUAGUUUAAUCGCUGCUUGAUUUCAUUACGAAUAUCGGAUUAAGCUAGUAUUUGCCUUUGUUUUUGUGAUUUUUUUGGUUGUUGUGAUUAAUUUUUUAUUUAAUCAAAGCAUUUGGAAUGAUGCACGCAAACUGCUUGAUGAAAAGCCUCAGAAACAAGUUGGGUCAUUCCCGUUCCUUUUAACGUAUUUUAGUUGUUCUGCUACUGGAUUGUACUAACUGGUAACUUUACUUGUGCUUUUUGAGCUUCCCGGUGAUUACUGAUUAGUGACUUAGUGUAAUUUUUGUUCAUUCUUCCAGUGCGCGCGGAUUAUUUCAGACUCUUAACUGAAUCAAUCCUUGCGUUUUCAGUUUCACCAUUUCGUGCAACAGGAUAUAACUCAUCCAUAUGUCACAAACUGUAACCAUGUUCUUAUUCUUCUUUAAAGCACUUCAGUAGUGUUGACUAAAAAUUCAAUGUUAAGGCAUUACAGAACCAAUGGAAAAACCAUCAGAAACCGAAGAACCCUCUUCAACUUCGUUGCCAGAUCACCAAAACUGGAUAGCAGCACAAGAUUUGCUGAGGGAGAAGCUGAUCAGAGAGGAUAGCUUCACAUGGAAAAUACCCGAAGACCGUUCGGAUUCGGAGGAAGGAUUAUUGAGAUACAUUGGCGGAGUUGAUAUAAGCUUCUCAAAAGAUGACCCAUCAAUGGCGUGUGGCACACUUGUGGUUUUGGACUUAAGAACUCUGCAAGUUGUUUAUGAAGACUUCUCUUUGGUCAAUAUUCGAGUUCCCUAUGUUCCUGGCUUCCUUGCAUUCAGGGAGGCCCCAAUUCUUUUAGAGAUUCUGGAGAAAAUGAAAAAGAGUGGUAGUUCUUUCUACCCACAGUUGUUAAUGGUUGAUGGAAACGGAAUACUACAUCCCCGAGGCUUUGGCCUGGCCUGUCAUCUAGGAGUUGAGGCAAAUCUCCCAACCAUUGGAAUUGGAAAGAAUUUGCAUCAUGUGGAUGGUCUUAAUCAAUCUAGGGUUAGAGAGCUUCUUGAAGCUGGAGAAAAUUCUUGUAAAGAUUUCAUUAAUUUGGUAGGUUGCUCAGGGCAUAUAUGGGGAGCGGCCAUGAGGUCUACACAAGGAUCUAUAAAGCCAAUAUUUAUAUCAAUUGGUCAUCGGAUUUCACUUCAAACUGCUCUUAGACUAGUUCAGAUGACUUGCAAGUAUCGUGUUCCCGAGCCAACUAGACAGGCCGAUAUAAGAUCCAGAGACUACAUUCGGAAGCUCAAAAUGAAUGCCAGAAUGAAAUUUCUCAUUGGUGAGACUUACUUGAACUGGAAACAGAUGUUGCAAAUGUGUUGCAAACCAUGAUGGUUAUUACAAGAUGAUAGUAGGUGGCAAAACUGUAUCGACCACUUGUAAACAAUAAAGGUGAUGAGAUUAAUGUUUGAUUAGUCACAUGAUAUUGUUGUGAAUUGUGGCACAACUGUAAUGAAAUUAUGAAAAUGGGACAUUGUUAUGAUCCUGAAAAAUUGGCCCAAGCUAAAAUGGGCAAGAGAAAUCCGAAGGGAAAGAUGGUGUUACGUUGGGUAACCGGAGGUUGAUAGACUGGACACGCACAGUUGGCCCAAUCGUUUUGGAAAGGAGGCCUUCAAACUUGAUCCCGCGCGUGAGACCUCUGUCCGACUUGUGUGCGAAGGAAGGAGAAGGGGAUGGUACCUGCAAAGACACUCCGAUACCUAAGUUAGCAAGGGUCUCAGUAGGUUUAGAGAGUAUGGGAACUUAGGAAUACCUGAGGGUUGUCAGUGUACUUAUAGUGGUGAACCCAUAACCACCGUUGGAGUGGUUCUACCUUUCAAGGAGGAUAACCGUCCCUUUAUCUUAGGGAGGUUAAGAUUUGACUCCUGGAAUGGGUUGAGAGAUUCUAGGAGUAGUUACUUAUUUGAAUAAGUGUUAUCUGCCAACUAAUCUUCGUCCCCGAUUUUUUUAUGGCAGAACCUAUGUCGAACCCGACCUCUUACGAGGAGGUCGGUUUGCAGAGGAUGGCCAAUCCUGUGGAUUGGGCUUCUACGUACUAUUGGAUCUGAGCCCCGUCGUUGGACCUGGGUAUGAACAGAUAGUAUGACCGUGAUUCCAUAGAUUCAAGUGUAGGUUGUACAUGAUUUUGAUUUUUGAUCCAUAUCCCCAUGAAUUUUGUCUCAGUACUUUCUUUAUAAUCACACUCCAAUUAUUUCCC